AUGGCGACUUCGCAACCGAAUUAUAACCCAUUAUACACUCGUGCUACGAUACAUGAGCUUCAAGGUUUCAUUCAUGCCCGCAUUGGCAAGCUCCUGCCCAUGCGGAACGGCAAGAAAGCCUUGCGCCAAGUCUUAGGCAAGCUCGACCAUGAACAGACUUUCCCUUUGCCUGCGCUACCCUCAGACAUCCGCCUCAUGAUCUACGAACAGAUCUUGCACCCCGAGGUCGCAUCACAAAGCUAUGUAAGAGGUGGUAAAGUGGUGCAUCGCCCGAGGGAGCUGCCCGUUAUCCGCAAUACUGCAAUCUUUCGUGUCAGUAAGCAGGUCUCCCGGGAAGCCCGCCAUUACUGGUACCAGCAGAAGACUUUCCAAGUACACAUGAUAACGCGCUACUACUUUGCCGACACCAGCUCUGGUCAUAAGCAAUUGACCGAAUGCUUUUCGGAAGCCGUAAAAGGCUUGGUUGUUUGUUCCUACGAGACCAGGAGUCGGGGUUGUCGGACCGCUCUGGGCCACUUUCACGACUCACUCAUGGGAAAGGGGCCUUCAUUCGGCUUCCUGCACAAGCUCCGGCACCUGAGCGUAGAUCUCCAACUCAAGACGUACGGCAGUGGAGCUUCGCCAGCAGCCAGGGUCUGGGCCAAUGCGAAUUUUAUGCUCUUUUGCUUGGCGAAUGCCAUAAGAAGGAGCGAUACCAUUGAGGAUGUGACGUUUGACAUUUCGCGGACCACUCCCGAAUGCACAGAUGAGGCACUGAAACGGAUCCUGUUCCCCGUCGCAUUGAUCAGACGGCUGGACCGACCUCAUCCGAGGGUCAUCGUUAAUGGUUUACCCGAAGCAAUGCACGCGUGGAUGCACCAGCAUUCGAAGGACUCGAAGCUUUGGACGAAGAUCAGGGAUCACGACAAGAUCCGCGCAGAGGGCUACAGGAUGGUCGAAGAUGUCAAGCUGUUAUCCCGCACUCGUGAAGGCAGGAAUGUAGCUUGGGCGCUCAGGCAGAUCGAUGCUGAUGCUUUUGUCAUGGCUGGGUGGGCUGAGGGAAUCACCAGCAUCAUGUUUGCGGACCGGGAAGGUUUUGAGCAUAUGGAUAGUCUCACGAAAGCGCUGAGAUUGGUGCUCGACGAGAUGAGGGCGGCCAUCGAGAAUCCGGAUGUGGAAUCCCCUCAAUUAUCGGCCGGCAGCGUUGUCGAUACAAUUCAAGGCCGAAGUCGUGGUGUUACCCUCGAGGGCGAUCAGUCGACUGAGACUACUCGGGAUAGCAAGACUUCAUUGCUCUCUGGAAGACUUGGUACUAUGUAA